UGUAUAUAAAUACGCAGUCAUGUUUCUCCCUUUCCGUUUGAACCGCGCGACCUUUUCUUUCCUCCUUCUCUUCCGUACCUGACUUGACUCGGCCUAUGAUUCACGACUUCCUUUUCAUUCUUAUUACUAUUAUUAUUCUUGCUGCUAUCUGAUCAUCUCAUCUCUUUUUUUUAUUGCGAUUGUUACAGGAUAGAUUCGUCUCCUAACUUUCUGCAUAACGUUGCACCUAAAUCAUUCUUUUUUUUUGGUAGAGGAAGGUUCUCUCGGCAUCCCCAGCAUUCCCCUGAGGUUUCGGAAUAUUUUAACCUUUUACGGGUUCCUUAAUCUUCGUAAAAGCAUAAUAAGCAAGAACGAGGAAGAGAAUUAUAGGAAAAAAAGAAAAGGGAAAGAAAAGAAACAAGUAACCUACCCUUCAACAUGCCGGUCGUAUCAGCAGCUCGGUACGGAAAGGACAAUGUCCGCGUGUACAAAGUCCACAAGGACGAGGCGAUGGGUACGCACAGGGUUACGGAGAUGACCGUAUGCUGUCUGCUAGAGGGGGAUAUCGAGACGUCGUAUACGACGGGGGACAACAGCGUCGUCGUAGCCACCGACUCCAUGAAGAACACCAUCUACAUCAAGGCCAAGGAGCACCCCGUGAACCCUCCGGAAUUGUACGCCAGCUACCUAGGGCAGCACUUCCUGGACCAAUACCCCCACAUCCACGUUGCCAACAUUAACAUCGUCGUGAAGCGGUGGACCCGCAUGGUCAUUGACGGAAAGGAGCACCCCCACAGCUUCUACCGCGACGGCGAGGAGACUCGCAACGUCGAGGCCCGAAUCACCCGGCAGGGCAUCGAGCUCAAGAGCGGCAUCUCGGGGCUCCUGGUGCUGAAAAGCACGGGGUCGGCGUUCCACGGCUUCGUGCGCGACGAGUUCACGACGCUCGGCGAGACGUGGGACCGCAUCCUGUCGACCGACAUCGACGCGACCUGGAGUUGGAACACCCUGGCGAGCGUGGCGGCGGUCGAGGAGAAGGCGGCCCAGUUCGACCGGGCGUGGGAGGACGCGCGCCGCAUCUCGAUGAAGACGUUCGCCGAGGAGAGCAGCCCCUCGGUCCAGCACACCAUGUACAAGAUGAGCGAGCAGGUCCUCGAGGCCGUGCCCGAGGUCAAGACUGUCACUUACGCGCUGCCUAACAAGCACUACUUCGAAAUCGAUCUCUCCUGGCACAAGGGCAUCAAGAACACGGGCAAGGACGCCGAAGUGUACGCGCCUCAGUCCGGACCUAACGGUUUGAUAAAAGUCGAAGUCUCGCGCUCGUAAGACGCACAGAAAAAACGAACCAGGUACCUAGUACUGUCUUUUUUUUCCCACGAGUUUG